AACAAAGUUGGGAGAAAAGCUGAGAGACGCUCUGCUGAAAGCUGAAGUCCUCACAUUUUCUGUCCAUUUGCAACCUGAGCUGCUGGUGGAAGGAAACGUGCAGCUGAAACCUUAAAAUGAACAAAAGAACUUUGACUUGCUGGACCAGGAGGAUAAACUGUGGUUUCUGAUGUGCAGUUUGCUUUUUUGAUGGUUUUCAGGAAUCAGACUGUCAUUCUUAUUUUUGUUUACUAUGCUUUUGCAGCAGUGAACCAUCUGCUUCACAACUUCACCGUGACCCUUCCAGAUACUUUCAGCUGCUGUGGCUCUAGAACGGACCUCUGCAGGAUUUCUGACGCAUGUUAUUCACUCGAACCUCCUGAUAUGGACUUCUGUCUGUGCAAACCCUGCCAGGUGCAACAAAUUUGAAUGUGAGGUCUGAGGAUGCUGGUGAGGAUGUAGAUGAUGGUUCUGCUGCUCGUGCCAUGCUGAGUGGGAGGUCAGCUCUUGCGAGUGUGUUUCUGUGCUCUGUUUGUCUGGUUGUGCUGCCACAGCAACCAGCCGGAAAGAUUCGCUGCUCAAGAGACCUCUUCAAGCAGGUGGAUACCAUCAAGAAAAUUGUUACAGACAAGGACUGGUUGGACUGCAAACUGUACUCACCCACCGUCCAGGAUGUUAAGCACAACUGUUCCAGUUCCACGCUGAGAUGCUUUGCUGCUGAAAUGAACGUCCUCACCAUGGAGCUGGUGGACAGCGGCCUGAAGUAUGAUUUAAGAAUGAAAAUCAGCAGGGGGCUGGAAAGACUGGCGAAGCUGUUGGAGCAGACGGAGUCGGCCUGCCGUCAGUGUGAAUUCUUCACGGAGAAAAACGCCACCAUGUUCCUCGAAGAUCUUGUGCUGACUCUGAAAGCUAUUUACGAGAAGCACUGCUGAAGGACUUCUUCCAAAGGAGGCUUGCAGCCUGGUUUCCGCUACAGGAGCUUCUCGUUUCCCCCGAACACCAAUAAAAACUGCUGCAGCUGGGAGGAAAAAAUAGAGAAUAAAACAUCUGUGUUGCCGUUUCAUUCAUCUGAUCUGAACCAGCUGUGAAAUAUUUGUUUUGUUUAUGUUCGGUUAGAUAACCUGGGAGGUGGUUGGUGUCUGCAGCAGGACUUUAAUGCUACUUAGAUAAUUAUUUAAAGCAGUUUCCAUGAGUGAUGCCAUGUUUAAAUCCCGCCUUCUGCUCCAGAAUCGAGGAAGGUUUACAUAUAAACCUGCCUUCCAGGAAGCCUGUUUCUAAGGCAGCUUUUAAAAUGUUUUUCAUAAACUUUGAGAAGGAAAAUGAAGGUGAAGCUCGUCUGAUCUCAAGAUGGACUUUUUAACAGCGUCAAUAAACUGCCUGAUAACA